AUGGAACCAAGACUGAAGACAGCGACCUGCGCCCGUUGCAAACGACGGAAGAUACGUUGCAAUGGCCAGUCGCCCUGCAUAACCUGCGACAAGAUGCAGACACUUUGCGAGUAUAACGAGGGGAAAACGACGGGGAGGUCUGCUGUGCCAGAACUGAAGCGUGGAGCGGCAUGUUUGCAGUGUCGACGCAAAAAGAAGAGAUGCGACGGAAAGUUUCCUUGCAACACUUGUCUCUUGUCUCGCUCCAAGACACAAUGCGAAUAUGGCGAAAGCGAAACCCAAGACAGUCCUGCAGCUUCGACCUCAGCGUCGUCUUCUCCAGACGCCAAUGGACUCUCCUCUGCGUCAUCUUCCGACUCGCCCCCACAUCCAACCACUCCAGAAGACAUCAUGAUACCUAUUCAACAAAUGGAGAUUCAGGAUCCUAGUCCAUUUGCGCUGCCUGAAUAUGUCGUGUGGUCAGAUCUCGAGCAAGCUCGCGACUUGUUCAUCACAACAACCGAGGAAAAUGGCUUUGUAACGCCCGACAAACCACCGCUCUACCCUGCUUUGCCCAAAGACUCGAUGUACGACAUAUCAGUCUCCCAUGGGCCACCCCUUCCCGACCCUGAACCUGGAGAUGAAUUGGGAGCAAUUCGCCAACUGUUUAUCGCGCAUCACACACAACUUGGGCUUAGUGUCUCCGACCGUCUGCUAUCCGCUAUUGCGACCGGUGACUCUAACGAAGAGCACCUCCAUCCCGUUCUGUUCCAUGCUUGUCAACUGCUCGGUUUCAUGUUGGCCCGCCACCGACCAAUGGCUAAACAUGGAAGCGACAAUUGGGUCGCACUCCCUGGCCAAAGCGAACGCGAAACAGAGCAGAUUCGCCUCGCUCUUUCGGCUCUCCACGAUACAACCCGCUCUCCUUGUCCCUUCGCCUACCUACAAACCUCCGCCUUACUCAGCACCUACUUCUUCAACAAGGGCGACAUUGGGCGGGCCAGGGAUAUGGUUGCCCAUGCCGACAAGCUGAUACGAGAACACCGACUCGACUCGUACACCUAUUCGUGUGGGCCGGCUGAGCCAAACGCCAAACAGGGAUUCCGAGUGACCCCCGUGUCGCCUGUCUCUGACGCGACAGCGGCGAUUUCUCAAAUCGUCUAUCUCGACCUUUCCUAUGCUAUCAUGCUCAAUUUGCCGACCCUCCUUCAUCCAUCGCUGGUUGAGCGUUUCCGAACAAUCGCCACGUCGCCCAAUCCUGAUGCGGAGGUCAACUUCAUCAGAGCAAAGAGUGCAUUCUUGCUGUGGGAGGCCAGGCAACUGGUCUUGGAAUGGAAUGAUCUAAGUCUGAGUGAUGCAUGCAAGGAGGCGUGGCAGACGAGGUAUUGGCACCUGAUGGACGAGCUCGACGCCCACAAGUCUUUCAUCACCGUCACCCUUACCCGUGCCGCGUUCUGCCCGAGUCUCCACGUUCUCGGGCUGGCGCUCAAAGUUUCUGUCAUCCUCACGCUCACGGGCCUGGCGACGCUUCUCUCCGUAUUCGAGCGCGACAACAAGGAGCUGAUCCACAAGAAACACAACGCGAUUUCGGAGGUGAUCCACAUAUCAAGCAUGUUUGAGGAGGGCGACUACAUCUACCUCGACCCGAUUCUCUCAGCUUGUUGGCAUGCGGUCAUGGGCACAGUCCAGCGCUGUCUCGUGUCGGAAGAGCGGGACCCAACCACCUGUCCGAAAGGGGCAGACAUGUACAACGCGUCGCGCAUGGCCAACCUCCUCCGCGACCAGAACAGCACGCUCAAACGCGUGCUGCCGUUUGCGCUGGAGAUCUGA